GAUGGAGUCCAUGGUUCGGGACGGAGACUCCGGCUCCAAAGACGCGUCUUUCUCCGGGUCCCUGAAGCCGAACCAGGUCGGGGAGACGAUUCUUUACGGUGUCCCCAUCGUGUCUCUGGUCAUCGACGCGCAGGAGCGUCUCUGUUUGGCGCAGAUUUCCAACACGCUGCUCAAAAACUACAGCUACAACGAAAUCCACAACCGGCGCGUGGCGCUGGGCAUCACGUGCGUGCAGUGCACCCCGGUGCAGCUGGAGAUCCUGCGGCGCGCGGGGGCCAUGCCCAUCUCCUCCCGCCGCUGCGGGAUGAUCACGAAGCGCGAGGCCGAGCGCCUGUGUAAGUCUUUCCUGGGCGCGCACUCGCCCCCCAAACUCCCGGAGAACUUCGCGUUCGACGUGUCCCACGAGUGCGCGUGGGGCAGCCGCGGCAGCUUCAUCCCCGCGCGUUACAACAGCUCCAGAGCCAAAUGCAUCAAGUGCUGCUACUGCAACAUGUACUUCUCCCCCAACAAGUUCAUCUUCCACUCGCACCGCACGCCCGACGCCAAGUACACGCAGCCCGACGCCGCCAACUUCAACUCGUGGCGCAGACACCUGAAGCUCACGGACAAGAACUCCCCCACGGACGUGGCGCACGCGUGGGAGGACGUGAAGGCCAUGUUUAACGGCGGCAGCAGGAAGAGGACGCUCCCGUCCGGCUGCUCCGAGGCGCCGCUGAAGCCGCACAGCGGGGUGCCGCGGGGCUCCCCGGACAUCCCCGCCAAGAUCCUCAACUGCGACGAGACCCGCGUGGGCUCAAGCGCGCGGAGUUACCCCGUGAUCCCCGUGCCCAGUAAAAGCUUCGGGAUGUUACAGAAGCUCCCCCCGCCGCUCUUCCCCGCGCCCUACGGCUUCCCCACGUUCGGCCUUUGCCCCAAGAAGGACGAGGCCCUGGAGCGGCCCGCGCUGCCCGGGGUCCUGUGGCACGGCGCGUCCAAGGACACGUACCCGCCCUUCCCCGUCUUCUGGCCCCUGCCCCCCUACCCCCCGCCCCACGGACACCCCCCCAGGCACGUGGACGCGGACGUGGACGUGGAGCACUGCGGGGACCGCGGCGCGGACGCGUCCAAGGACGGCGCGCUCGUGGACGCGGACCGCUGCUCGAGCACGCAGUCUCUGCGCACGGAGGACGACAAGUCCGGGGACGAGUCCAGGCCCACGGAGGGCCCCGUGACCCCCGUGACCCCGCUCGCGCCCAGGAAACUCAGCUACGUGUCCGCGUUCCGGCCCGUGAUCAAAGACACGGACUGCAUCGCGCGGCUGUACGGGCCGCGGGGCGCGUGCAGGCCCGGGUACCUGUCCCCGGACUUUCUGAGCGAGAGCUCGAGCUUCAGGUCCGCGUCCCCGUGCGUGGAAAGUGAGGGGGACGCGGACGUGGACGUAGAGACGCACAAAGGAGCGGAGCACGAGGAACCCGCGCUCGUGCCGUCCGCGUGUCCUAACGCGUGCGCGGGUCCGCGCGCCCCCGAACACAAGCACGAGCUCAUCCCGCACGAGGCCGCGGGGACAGAGGCCCACGCGAAACACUUCCCCACGGAGAGUCACGUGAGCGCGCCGGCCUUCGCGGAGGUAGGGCAUCCGGACCAAACUCUCUUUACACUUUAGGCGCACCGAGCAGAGCCGCAGCAGAGAAGCCCGUACCCCGCGAAACACUACGGCCCCCCGCUGCUCCCGAGCGCGCACGAUGAUUCCGUGAGUAAAGAGGAACCUUCUUCCACGGUGGAGGAGAUCGAGACCAAAUAUUUCCACGAGCACGAGCACGAACACAGUGGGGACGAGACGCAGCGAGAGCACGAUGAAGCAGAGCAGCGGGACGGUCGCGCGGCGCAGCGGGACCUCCAGAGUCUGGCUAAAGAGGAGCUUCAGAAGCAGCUGCUGGAGCAGGUGGAACUGAGGAAGAAACUGGAACGAGAAUUUCAGAAUCUGAAAGAUAACUUCCAGGACCAGAUGAAGAGGGAGCUGUCGUAUCGAGAGGAGAUGGUGCAACAACUGCACAUCGUCAGAGAAGCUCACGACGCGUUGCAUCACUUCUCGUGUAAGAUGUUGACCCCUCGGCACUGCGCCGGCUCCUGCACCUUCAAGUCUCCUCUGAUGCCUCCAUGACGCUCGAGCCCCGGAACAGCAGAACCCUGAGAAACCCCGGAACAGCAGAACCCUGAGAAACCUCGGAACAGUAGAACCCUGAGAAACCC